AAACCAGUGUCACUGCGUGGUCGUAAUCUACAAGUCAUUGUCAAACUCACCAACAUUCAACUGACACCAUCCAAAUCUAAAUACGACGAGGGAAACUGGCACAAUGAAGGUCCAAUUAACGAAUCGAUUGUUGCAACUGGACUGUAUUACUACAACGUGGAAAAUAUCACCACACCCAAACUCGAUUUCCGCGAGGCUGCUGAUUGUUUUGAUUAUGAAAUGGCAUCUGAUAUGUAUUGGAGAGAUGUGUAUGGCAUUGAUCGAGAAUCACCACGCAAUCAGUAUAUAGGAUCGCUUGAAGUACCAAAUGGUCGAUGUGCAGUUUAUCCCAAUCGAUACCAACACAAAGAACAAUCAUUUGAACUUGCAGAUCCAACUCAACCAGGACACUGCAAGAUUCUGACAUUUUUUGUAGUGAAUCCAUCUUGUCGGAUUGUUUCGACUGCGCAUGUGGCUCCACAACAAUCACAAUGGACAACUCGAGUCUUGACAAGACACACGUACCGCCUGAACUGUGGAAUGAUGCCACGCAGUAUAUUCAAGGUGUUCAAUCACCAGCUGAAGCCAAACGCUAUCGAGAUGAAUUGA